CCCCACCAGCACUGCAAAAAGGCCAGAGGCCCACAGACAAGCAUCCCAGGACCCCAAGGCAGCCCCUCCAACACUGCCAGCCUCCUGACCCCCCAUGAGCACCCUGACAGCCUCAACCAGCCCAUCCAGGGGACAGAUGGUCACCCACAGCCUGACAAGGCGUCAACCCAGGAGCCCUCCAGGGCCAGCCAAGUCCUCAUGCACAGAUCUGUGCCCUGCACUUCUGUCCCCAUCUCGUCCUUGCUGUUUGAUCCUUUCCUUGACCUGCUCUUCCACACCUAAGCAACCUCUGGCAAGUGACCCUGCCUCAGUUUCCUCACCGUCAAUCGGAACGGUGCAGCGUCAGGGUGCAGGCGUGUGGACGGUGCCCGCUACGACUGCACUCAGUCAACAUCAGCUGCGCUGGCAAGUUGCAGCUGCCAGGCACUGGCUGAGCUAAUGAGCCUUCCCUCCUAUCCCCGCCCCUGUGUAUGGGACACAAACCAAAUGCCCUGACUCUGCCACUCAGGAGGACAAAGAGGCUGUUCCCCUCCCAGGAACUCACCCUCACCCCCACUCCAGGACCCCAAGGCCUGACUCAGCUUAUCUGAUCCAAGCACCUACUCCCCUGAGGGACUACCAGGCCAGUGCCACUGGCAGGGGACACAACCGGUCUGUAUGGAGAACCCACCGGCAUUCUGGCUGUUCCAGGAGUGGAUGGUCCAGAGAUGGUCCUGCUGAGCUGGGACUUAAAAGAUCAUUUAUUUAAUGGGUGCAGAGUCCAGGCAGAGGGCUCCAGAGGGGCAAAGGCCCAGAUCGAGGGAGGACAGGAGACAGGAGGAGGAGAAGGUAGAGGGGGAAAAUCACAGGAAGCCUUCUUGAAAAGUUUGUGGCUUUUGGUAGAUGACAAUGGGGACACCAGAGUACAAUUCUAAGCAGGAGGGUUGAAUUUGAAGCUAUUGCUUUUACAACUUUACUCUGACUUCGGCUUGGCCAUCAGAUUAGAAGGGCUAGAUGGGGCAUCAAAGAGACUUGGGAAAUAUCAAAACAGCGGGGAUGCGGGGGACGUUUAUUCACACACACCCCCUUCUGCUAGGGAAAGUUACAUCCCCAGUCCGCAGACCAGGCUUCGAGAGGCCUCCUGCUGUGCAAUGAGACACCUCCACCUCUAACACCAGAGGCCCUGCCUGGAGCGGGCUGUUCUUCACUUCUCCCCAGGACACGCAUCCACUCCAACCCCCCCCCCCCAAAGCUGUGGGCCCAGAGCUUUCCUUUUUAAAAUUUGAAAACGAAUGUUGCAUUUCCGACCUGCAGACCUGGGUGGCCAGCGCCGCGGCUGGGGAGGGGGCCUGUACUCGCGGAUGAAGUUUUUCUCCUCCGGCUGGGCGCCCCUCCUUCCGGCGCAAAAACAAGCGCGCGCGCCGCGGCCGGUCGGCCCCCAGAUGCCGCCAAUCGCGCGGCGCCAGGGCGGCUCCCCGCGGGGCCUGGCCGCCGUCCCACCCGCGGGCCCACAGCUGCUGCGGCCAGGCCCGGCGGGGAGCUGGCUCCGCCUCCCGCGCGCGGCGCCCCCCGCCCUCGCCCCCCGCACCACGAGUCACCCCAUUCAUGCUCCUGCCCACGGGCGCAAGCGGCGGGGAGGGCCGGGGAGCGCGUUCCCAGCGCGCAGAAAACAGGUGGCCAGGCGGGAAGUGCUGCCGACGUUCGCCUCAGCGCCCUCCAGCUGCUGCCACACCCACCCCUUCCUCGGGGGGCCGCCUCCUCCUCCUCCUCCUCCGUACUCUUCUCAGACUCCUGGAGGAGGCCCACAGCGACGUCAAGGCCGGGUCAUAGGCAUGUACACCGCCACGCCCAGGAUCUCGUCCUCCUUGCCGAUGCGCACUCUGUGUCCCUACUGCGGCAACUACAUCGUCACGGUGACCACCGCCGUCCCCGGACUCCUCACCUGGCUGCUGUGCUCUGGCCUCUUAGUGUUCGGGUGCUUCCUGGGCUGCUGCCUCGUGCCCUUCUUCGUGAAAAGCCUGAUGGACGUGAGCCACUCCUGUCCCGUGUGCAAGCACGAGCUGUACCACUUCCACCGCGUGUGAGCCCCUCCCUGGGAAAUAAACGCUGACGCUGC